AUGGCAACAAUCCGGAUCGACGACACGAUACGCGCAACGAAAUCACAUUCAGACCUGCCUGAAAUUGGAGGAGUUUUUUCCAUCAGAGCUGUCUCUACAGAUCAUCGUAGUCGCAAAACUUCUGAUCUCGAAAACCCGUCAGCCGAAGACGAAGACUCUGGCCUGCGCCGAGCUGGCGACUUCAAAAAGAAACAGAUCUUCAAGGGAAAAUAUUUGCUAUGGCUAGCCUACCAGUCUAUUGGUGUCAUUUAUGGUGACAUUGGAACCAGCCCCCUCUAUGUUUAUUCUUCUACUUUCAGCGAAGAGCCUAGCUAUGACGACCUUCUGGGAGUUUUAUCAAUUAUCAUUUGGUCUCUGACGAUUAUGGUGUCAUUGAAAUAUUGCGUGGUCAUACUUCGAGCUGAUAACGACGGAGAGGGAGGCACUUUUAGCACUUAUUCUCUGUUGUCUCGAUAUGCAAAUAUUACAAAACGUGACCCACGCGAAGCAUCUCUCAUCAAAAUGGAGCGUCAUCUGACAGAUGACCUGUACAAAGUCAACCGCUCCGUCCGAUCUGGAAUUGAGAGCAGUAAGUUCGCCAGAGGAUUACUCAAAAUCAUUGGAGUUCUGGCAGUGUCCAUGGUUAUGUCAGAUGGGGUUUUAACUCCGGCACAAUCUGUUCUUGGGGCUGUGCAAGGGCUCGAGGUUGUGAAGCCUGAUAUUUCGAAGUCGGUUGUGGUUGGUGCGACGUGUGGUAUUUUGAUAUUGCUCUUCCUAAUCCAACCACUUGGGACGACCAAACUAGCUGGAGGCUUUGCACCCGUUGUCAUUAUUUGGCUUGGCUUCAACGCAAGUUUUGGUAUUUACAAUCUUGUUCAAUUCGACCACGCAGUUUUGAAAGCAUUCAGUCCCGGGUAUGCAUUUGCUUUCUUCGUUCGCAACAAGACCGAAGCUUGGAAGAAGCUUGGCGGUAUUCUUCUUGCCUUUACAGGCGUAGAAGCACUCUUUGCAGAUCUUGGCGCCUUCAGUCGCAAAGCAAUACAGCUUUCUUGGUUUUGCUAUGCAUUUCCGUGUUUACUCCUAGCAUACAUUGGUCAGGCAGCCUAUAUCGCACACAAUCCUUCGGCAUACUCGAAUCCCUUUUAUAAUUCGGUCCCUCCAGGAAUGCUCUAUCCUUCGCUUGUUAUCGCUAUCCUAGCCGCGGUUGUUGCUUCGCAAGCUAUUAUUACAGCUACCUUCCAGCUUAUGGCACAAGUCAUGAAACUCUCCUACUUUCCACAAAUCAAAGUAGUCCAUACAUCCAGGAUCUUCCACGGACAACUUUACGUCCCAAUUGUUAAUUGGCUUCUUAUGAUAGGGAGUGUAGUCGCAUCAGCAGUUGCAAAUAACACUACCACUCUGGGAAAUGCUUACGGGGUUUGCGUCAUGUUCGUCACAUUUUUUGAUACCUGCAUGGUGUCUCUCGCAGCUUUAAUUGUUUGGAAGCGCAGCCCGUAUUUGGUAUUCUUUCCCUGGCUUGUCAUCGCUUGUAUGGACGGUCUCUACUUGUCAUCUUCUCUCGAGAAAGUCCCAGAUGGAGCAUGGUUCACCCUUGUUUUGUCCGCCGUUCUUGCCUCCAUCCUGAUACUUUGGAGGUUUGGCAAAGAACAACAGUGGCAAGCCGAAGCUGUUGAUCGCUUUCCAACAUCUCAUUUGGUCCAGAGAGACAACAGCGAUGGGUCUUUGCAUUUGACUGAUACAUUUGGAGGCGAGACCCUUAGCAAGAUCAAAGGGCUCGGAAUAUUCUUUGAUAAGGCUGGUGAGACAACGCCGGCAGUCUUCACUCAAUUCCUGGCAAAAUUGGUAGCCGCUCCAGAUGUAAUGGUCUUCUUUCAUCUCAGACCACUGGAGACACCAUCGGUUGCGCCAGACCAACGAUACAGUGUAUCGCGUCUUGCGAUACCCAAUUGUUAUCGUCUCAUUGUCCGUCACGGAUAUAUGGAUGAAGUGAUUUCACCAGAUCUUGCUUCUCUUAUAUGCGAUCAAGUGAAAGGCUUCAUCAUAAAAUCCUCUGCCCCUCUCCCUAUCCGGGAAAUCACGUUUUCUCCUGAUGAAAAUUCAGGCCUCAGCAAAGACCAGGUCUCGAGCGUUUCUUCUGAUAUCGACCAAGAAUUCAAAGAUCGCCAAGACAAAGCGGCUAGAGAUUUGAAGAUGUUGGACGAUGCCUUCUCUCAAAGAGUUCUGUACAUCAUUGGAAAGGAACAGAUGAAGAUUCGCGUGGAGGGCGGACUUUUCCGGAAGCUGGUUCUUCGUGCUUUCUUGUGGAUGAGGGAGAAUACUAGGACGAAGAUUGCCAAUUUGAGGGUUCCUACUGAUAGAGUCAUUGAGGUUGGGUUUAUCAAGGAGGUCUAA